CGGGGCGGUGGACUGAAUAGAGGCGUCGCCCCACGGAGGGCCGGCGCGGGCUCAGCCUUCUAGAUCCAGUGGUGGGGACCGCCGCAAAGUGUCGACGAAGCCGUUGCUUUUCCGAGUCCCUCUCUUCCAGGCUCGGUCCGGUGGUCAGCAUGGCCCGUGGAAAUCAACGAGAACUUGCCCGCCAGAAAAACAUGAAAAAAUCUCAGGAAAUAAGCAAGGGAAAAAGAAAAGAUGACAGCUUGAGUACCUCUCAGAGAAAGCAGAGGGACUCUGAGAUCAUGCAACAGAAGCAAAAGGCAGCUAAUGAGAAGAAGUCUAUGCAGACAAGAGAAAAAUGAUGACUAUUUGGAAAAUGGUGCUACUGCGAACUAGGUUUAUCAUCAGCUCUAUGAUCAAGAUUUUACAGAGUGAACAGUCAUUACAUAUGUUGUAACAUAUCCUUAUAAAACUAUUUUAAACUUUACCUUUCAGCCUGACUUAGUGUGGCAUUUCAGAACCAUACUUCAAAGAAUAAAACAUUAACCAUGCAUGUGAAAUAUUGGUGAACAUUAUUUUUAUCAACAGUGAGCAUGUAUAUAAUUUAGUAGAAAAGUGAUGCGAUCAGAUAAUAGGAUCUCAUAAAUCUAGAGUCUUUGUCAUAAACUUUGUUAAAGUAGAUCUUUAAAGUAGGAUUUAUUGUAUAAUAAAAUUUAAGAUACAUUUAUCUGAUUUUACUUUGUAGUCAGCUGGUUUACUUGAAGAAUUUACAUAGAUAGUACAAAUGACCUGGAAUAGCAACUAAAUGAAUAUAAACUAAAUAAGGUCUCAGUAAGAGUUUUACUUAUAGCUUUAACAUUUUUGGAAUAAGUGCCUUUUUUUUUUAAUAGACUUUAUUUUUUAGAGCAGAAUUAGUUUUACAACAAAAUUGAGAUUUCCCGUAUACCCUCCGCCCUUACUUACGCAUAGCCUCUCCUAUUAUGAAUAUCCCCCACCACAAUGGUAAGUUUGUCGUAAUUGAUGGACCUACACUGACACGUCAGUACGUUGUUUACAUUAAGAUUCACUGUGUUGUAAGUGCCAUUUUUUAGUCUGUUCUGAAACUCUUCAAACACUUGUGACUUAAUGAUGGUUAUUAAUUUGGAAAUAUGUUAACCUAGAGAAACUAAGUUUUGAGACCUUGUUCUAUUCUGAAGUAAAUAUGCAUAAUUAUUGCAAAGAAUAAAAAUAUCUUUGAGUAGUAAAUGAAA